AUGUGCCGGAGCUGGACCGUCAAUCCUGCACAGCGUCACCUGCCAGCCAUGUCUGGACAGCCCCCCUCGCCUCCCCUCCAGAGCCUGAUGACUUCCCAUCCAGCCCCCCACCCCAGCGUCUCAACAAGAGGCGCUACACCUUCUCACAAGCCGCCACGCUCUGAGGACACUGACCGCUUCCUGGACGCCCUGCGCGAGCAGCUGGGACAGAAAGUGGCCAUUGUUGAUGAUUUCCUGAACCCCGACAAUGACUAUGAGGAGGAUGUUGUGCAGAUGGGAUUUCCGGAUGAGGAGGAUGAUGAAGAUGUCAACGAAGAGGCAGCGGGAGACGAGGAGGGCAGCGGCGGCUUCGUGGGUCCCGAGAUGAGCAGCCCGAGCGAGGUUCAGAGCAGCAGCGGCGGCGAAGACCACAUGUCCUCGCUCACCUACUCCUCCUCCUCCGACCAAAUCCCCCCACCGCCCAUGAGCCCCCCUCCCCCUCCACCUGUCCAGUUCAACGACCUGCCUCCACCUCCACCCGCCCCACCUGCACACGGCCAGCAGCAGCAGCAGCAGCUACGGGUCAACUUCACCCCAGAGCAGUCUCCCCGAUCUUACGUCCCUGUACGUCGUAAAUCCGGCCCGCCUCCUCCGCCGCCACCCCGCUGCAACGUCCCACCAAAACGCCACUCUCUUCACAAAGCUCUCCCGGCAAGAGGCGAAAUGCAGUCCCGUUCCACCAUCAAAGAGCUGAAAGCGUACCACGAAAGACAAGGUAUGGCGAGCAGCAAGCGUUCAAGAAAAGGCAGGAGGUACAACAACAAGCGUACAAAGAACGACAGGCUUACGAAGAGCAGAAGGCUUUUGAGGAGCGGCAGGCCCCUACCAGGAGAAGAUUUUCUAGGAAAGACAAGCCUACGAGCAGCAGAAGGAAUAUGA